AUGGCAAAUCGGCGACACCAUUUACCUGGAGACAGAUUUCAUCGUGAUUACGACUACCAUAGCAGCGACUCUGAUCUGUCCGACACUGACGAGCGCAAGAAGACCUGCAUAAAAAAAUCAAGCUCACUAGGCCCACCUCGCUCCAAGCCUUGCCUCGUCAACCGCACCAGGUCACUCAGCCUUGACAACACCAGCAGCAACGAGGAUUGUCCAUCCUGUGAGCCCAUGACCAGCUCCAGCAUGCACUCACGCCCCCGACCACACAACUUGGACAUGCCUGGACAGUUGCCGCAGCAUCACAGUUGUGAUGGAGCAGCGGCCCUACCCUUCCAUGCCUCUCCCAAGUUGUUCUGUAACAGUCCCAGGCCGGUGGAGCGCCUCACUUUGGUGGUGGAUGAGACCAGGUUUGUGGUUGACCCUGAGCUAUUCCGCCAGCGGCCAGAGACCAUGUUGGGCAGAAUGUUCACCUCAUCCCUGGAAAAUAAUUUUACUCGACCCAAUGAGAGAGGAGAGUUUGAGGUCGCUGAUGGAAUCUCAGCCACAGUUUUCAGGGCCAUUUUGGAUUACUACAAAACAGGAGUAGUCAGAUGUCCUCCGUCUGUCCCAGUUCAUGAAUUAAGAGAAGCCUGCGACUACCUGCUUGUGCCCUUUGAUGCUUCCACUGUUCGAUGUCAGAACUUACGUGGUUUUCUUCACGAAUUAUCAAAUGAAGGGGCCCGCAAACAGUUUCUGGAGUACCUCGAGGAUCUGCUUCUGCCUCAGAUGGUUUUGUGCGCACAGCGAGGAGACAGAGAGUGCCACAUUGUGGUGCUCACUGAUGAUGAUGUGAUCGACUGGGACGAAGACUACCCUCCACAGAUGGGGGAGGAGUACUCUCAGAUCGUGAACAGCACCUGCCUCUACAGAUUUUUCCGCUACAUCGAAAACAGAGAUGUCGCUAAACAAGUCCUCAAAGAUAGGGGUUUAAAGAAAAUCCGCCUAGGAAUCGAGGGUUACCCCACAUAUAAGGAGAAGGUCAAGAAGAGACCUGGUGGGAGAGCUGAAGUCAUUUACAAUUAUGUUCAGAGGCCUUUUAUUCGAAUGUCCUGGGAGAAAGAGGAAAACAAGAGCCGGCACGUGGACUUCCAGUGUGUCAAGUCCAAGUCCAUCACCAACCUGGCAGCGGCUGCUGAUGAAGCAGCCCUGCAUCACCACGACCAGAGCAUUGUCCAGCAGGCACAAGAUGGCUCCAUUAAUGUCAUCCCACCCCAGCCUUCCCCUUCGGAGCCUUAUCCUGAUGUCCAGUUUCCACCUGAAGCCUUGGAUUAG